CAAGCAUAGCUCAAUUAGUGUUUGACAGCAGUGGAGAUGAUGCUGAGUUAAGUUGGUUUCAAAUGAUUAAAUAUAAUUGUUCGAAGCAAAGUUACAUCAAAACAGAAAGAUGGCGUCGUCAUCUGAGGGUCCAGUCUCCUCCCUGCAAGAACCAGAGAGAGAGCCAUUGCGUUUCCAUGUGUCAGGAGGCAGAGAGUCCCAGGAUGUUAAAGAUGUCAGGCUCCAUAUGAAACAGGUUGCAGAAUCACUGUUGUAUCACUGGAAAAAAUUCCCAAUUGUUCUUCCACCUUCUUUGACAAACAUUGGACAUGAAAAGGGUUUGAUCAAUUACAAGGAUCUGUUUGUUGCUCCGUCAUUUGAUGAACUAGAACAAGUUGCUACAGAUCCCUUUGGGAACCUGAAAAAACUCACAGAUGCUCAGCUCAAAAGUGUUUGGGACAAAGGAGAGUUUGAGGUACCAAGUGUGAACUUUCCUGGCCAGGUACACAGAUGGAAGUUGUCACAGCUUCUACAGAAAGGAUCUGACAUUGCUCAUGACAGUUUACUCGAUGAUUCCGCUUUAGCAUUACGACUGCUGAUUAUUACUGCAAGGAAUAGAGUUGUCUCCCCUACCUUCAGUUUAUCGGAGUCAUUCAAGAGUUGGGGUAGAGGACUUUGGAAAAUACUUGAUAUUUUGUUUGGGAUGCCAUCAACAAGUGCUGGAGAUAUAGAACAAAAGAUCAAAGUGGAACAUCAAAGAUACCUUAUAGCAGAACUUGAUGUUAAGCCUAAUUACAGACAGGGAUUUGGCAAGUUUUGUCAGUUUGUGAAGGAUACAUGCAGAAUGAGCACCAGAGAGAGGAAAAAGAGUCAACAGUUACGUCCACCAUCUGUUCCAUAUAUAUACCAGACACCUAAAGGCAUGGACAUAGAUCUGAGAUUAUUCAAUAAAGAUCUGAUCAACAACUGUCUGCCUGUGCUCAGUAACAUCCUGGAGAGGGAAGCCAGGGGUUGGUAUGUUGCCUAUAGACAGAAAUUGAUUGUUAACCUCAAAGGUCAAGGUCUUUCAAAUGAACAGAUUUCAGAGAGAGUGAAUGAAGCUGUCAAGGAGGAAUAUUUACAGAGGAUAUAUAAAGCAAUACUCAAUAAUGCAGAGCUAGAGACUAUAGAACAUGGAAUUGGUGCUUUAUUAGUUUACCAAGCAAAGUCUGUGAUAUGUAUGAAAAGAGCAACUUCUAACCUUAAUGAUAAAAUGCAGCACCAUAAAACAGAGUUGCUGGCUCACUUGAAGAGAAAGUACACGGUGAAGUCCAGAAUAGAACCGUGGGUAGAGGAACAGCUGGUAGCUUUUGAGCGAGAGUUCAUAGAGCAGAACCUGUGGUCAGAUGAAGCAAUCACUUUGUGUGAUAAUGAAGAUUUACAACAAACCGUUUACUUUCUUCGCAGGGACCUUAACUUUAUCAAAGAGAGGGAGGCAAUUUUACUUAACGAGUUGAGUCAGGUGCGAAUUCCAAACAGAGUUUUCACAUUUUCUGUUCGUAUCUGGUUUCCACAAAACUGGGUAACAGUGAAGAAAGUUGCAGAUGGCGAGGAAAUGUUGGUUCCGACGAUGAUCGCAGAGCAGGGGAGAGAAGUAGAGUAUCAUUUGUCUAGGGGUGGAACACGUUACUAUUUGAACAAGAACACUAAUCACAAAACUAGCACUCGCUACCCACUGUGGAGAUGGUAUAAUUAUCUACAGAGAACAUGGGCCUGGACAUGGAAUUCUAUUUUCUUCUUUGGGGUUAUCAUUCCAUGGUGUAGUCCACUCAGUCUACGUGCAUUGUUCUUCAUCAAUGAAUUCAGGCCAAACAAAGAAAUCUUCCAGCAAGAUGGGAAGUUAUAUCCAGACCACAAUUCUACUACUCACACAUUAAUAUCCAGGCUGUCCGCUCUGUGGGAAAGUGUUAGGAAGUCACGUAAAUCCUUUGAAAGUUCACCUGAUAGAGGAUUUCUGGGGAAAAGUUUUACCCGUCAUCUGAACAGAUUUUGGAACUAUGUGGUGAAAGGGUUCUUUGGCAGCCUAAUGCUCGUGUUCACAUUUCCUGUCCUAUGUAUAGUAACCACAACUUUGUCACUGACCAUGGCUGUCACUGCUCCAGCUUGGGUACCAGUUGCUGCACUGCUGUUUCAACUGUUCUGCAUUGCAAUCUAUGACUUUGAUGCUCCAUAUCAACAAAACAGGUUCAGUAUAUUAUGUGAGGCGUUCAUCUGGAGGUUUUUGAUACAGGGAACAAUACAACCAGUAGCAGCUUCACUAUUUGGCUUUGUGGCAUGUCCAUUGGCUUCAUUUGGCAUCAUUGUUUUUGGUGUAUUGCGUCGUGGGUUACGAGGGAUUUGGGAUACAGCUAUGUAUGGUAUUGUGAUCAAGAGUCGGGCUCGGGUUCCAGCUAGUGAUGGUUUUGUUGCCCGUAGGGUUGCUGGGCCUGGUCUUGCAUCGAAUUAUUUCUUACAGAUACAGCCGGAGCAAGCACUUGCUGCACUAGAGGCUGACUUGGAGUUCGAAGAGUUAGACCUGUAUAAAUCAAGAGCCAUGAAACUGAUAGAAAAACCUCUUACAGAAUAUAGUAAUUUUGUGGCACAAGUGUUCAAGCCUUUCUCAGCUGGUCUAGAGAAAGAUGGUGUGUACAAGGAGCUACUUGAUGAAACUUCCAACUACAGGACUGACCUAACUAACAAAAUUGGCCAGAGGCAGCGUCGCUUGAACAUCGGUCUUAAUCUGACUGUACAAAACAAGAUCAAGCUUCCGGAGAAACAACUUAAGCUGACGAUAUUACAAGCAGCGAAAAUGUUGGAAGCGUUCUAUCCAGGCCAUGUGUUUAAUCAUCGGACCAUUUCAGAGGAAGAUUUCUGGGAGAAGAAAACUUUAGAGUAUCGCGACUGGACUGGUUUGGCUAGUCAGAAGUUGUCAGGUAUUUUCUCUCCAGCCUUCCUCGUUCCUAUGGAAGACACAGACAGCCAUUUUGAAUUAAAGGUACAACAUUUGAACCUUGGUCGCUACAUCACCAUGUUAGAGUCAACAGAUGUACAUGACGAUCUGGAUAUUGUCACAGAGGUUCAUACAAACACAGGAGAUGUGAGUACAAGACCUCCACAGCUCGAUGUUGCUUACUUCAACCCCACAGAAAAUCUCACACAAACACAACAUUAUAGGACACUCAGAAAAAAGAAGUAUUUAUGGUCAAGAAGAAAACUUGAAGCUGAAUUUAUAAAGAUGGAGAUACCUUUGCCAAUACCCCACCCAGCUGUCAUAGCCAUGACCAUAUAUAACAGGGAAAACGAGCAGUAUGCUUUGAAUCUCGAUGACACUUUGUGCAAUGCUAUAAUUAAAGCUAUUAAAUCUUUCACUGACAUUGCUGAUCCUGUGACAACAGACUCAGCUGAUUUUGAACCCAGCACUCCUGAUAAUGGUGUGGAACCUGUGAGCAUUGUAUCACACUUAGCGGAACAAGAACAGUCAAUAUCAGAUGACAGUGCUCCUAGUGCUACAUCGCCAAUGUUGGAAGUGACUACUGAGGUGACUAAAGUUACGCCAAGUUUAGAACAUAAAAUGGAUACUUAUGCUGAAGCGUACAGUGAUGACGAUGAAGCAGGAUUGGCAGUGAUAGGGAAUAAUGGAACAGUUUAUAUAACUGAGGCUCGUGCUGAAACUGUGAGUGUAGAUACAACUAAUGAUGUUGGAGAGGACAUUUAUCUCGAAGAAGGAUUAGGACAUGGUCAUUAAUUGAGAAAAUGAAAAUUAAUUUUCAUAAUUUAUGUACAUGUAAUCAUUGCUUUGAAUGCUACCAUUUGGAGUGUUUGUGUUUUUCACUAGGUUAUUGACCUUACACUCAUUAUGUGUGUUUAAUAAAAAGUGGCUUAAGGCCUCUGUUGUAAGCAAACUUUGUGACUGUUUAGUGAACAGGGUAAUAUAAUACUAUAAACUCCUAAAGGUGUACAAAGUUCCAGUAGAUUUUUACCUCCAUAGCAACAGCCUGCAUAAUACAAACACAAUUGUGUUUGCUUGACAGAAGUUUUGCUGUAAGAAAAUUUUUCUAAUACAUAGUAAACAGUUUUAAAACGCCAUGUAGAUUGGCAUUCUUUAUAUGCCAUACCUAUUUCAUGAUUAUAUUAUCAAGAACUAAAAGUCAUAAUAAAUAUUUACUCAUCCCAUGUCUUCUAAUGUGACUUGUAAAUGAGAAAUUAUCCAGGUUGUUAAUAUGAAAACAAAGUAUACCUUCUUGAACAUGGUAAACUGAACAGAUGAAGCAUUUCUAAGAUGUAGGUCCCAUAAUAGUAGUUGGCAAUAUUUGUUCAUUUAUAUAUAUAUAUUCUGCAGUGUGAUUUUUGCAUUCUGUAAUUGUAACUGGUAAAUGCCAACAUAGCAUGUAUAUGGGAAUGUGUAAUCACAUGUAAAUUGCCUAUUGUCAUAACCAGUCCAUUACCAUAAUUGAUUAUGUGCUUAAAUUACUGUGAAGUUCCCACCACUACCUUAGCUGGUUAUGUGUUUUAGUUCCAGUUAAGUUCUUACUCCUACCUUAUGUGAUUAAGUAUUUUCAUUCCAGUUAAAUUUGCACAACUGCUUUAAGUGAUUAUGCAUUAACAUUACUGUUAAGUUCUCAUCUCUACCUUAAAUGAUAAUAGAUUUACCUUAGCUGAUUAUGUAUUUUAGUUCCAUUUACAUUCUCAAUUUAUAGCAUUUGUGCAGAGUGUUGCCAUGGGAAAAAAAAUCCUUCAGCUUGAAACUAUGUCUGAAACUGUUGCAAAAAGUAUUGCACUGGAACAACAAAAUAAUCAUAUUCCUGGCUAUAUGAAGUAUUGAUGUAUUAUAUGCAGAUAAACCAAAUAUUCAUGUUACGCAAAACAUAUACAUUCUUAUAUGUAUGAUUAAUUAUUGUUAUACAGUCCUGGACGCUUCAGCAACAUCCUACUUUUGAGUGACUCCUUGAGUUACCGUAUUUGACCUUAAUGUUUUCACUGUUUUGACGUAAAUACUAUGUUUAAAGUGUCUUCCUGGCUUAACUGACUGGCAGCCGUGAAAUCUGCUGCCAAAUUUAGUUUUAUUUUAAUUAGGACGUUUUUUAACCCUUAAAAUGUCUUUGUGACCUGUGUAAAUCAUGAUGAGCCUGUACAUCCAUGCAGUCUGAUCAUGAUCUGCACUGUUUGCCAUUCAGUCAGUUUCUUUUUUGGUAGGCAUCCCUUUUACCAGUUAAUGGUACUGUCCAAAUUGAAAGAUGACCAAGUUCAUUAUAUAAAUUUAGCAGGGUAAGGGUUAAAAUGUUAAAGAUAGUGACAUAGUGUUUCCAUUCUUUAUCUGCCAUUGUGCAAUCAGUUUUUUAUGAUCUUUCAAGAUAUAUAUUAAAGUAAUAAGUUGUUUCGUUGUCUUUAGUCUUUAAAAAAGUAUCUAGCAUUUUUUAUAGUGAUAGAAGGUUGAUUACUUUGCAUGCAACAUGAUUCCUUUUAAAUUGAUACUGUGUUGUAUGAACCUCUGUCUUAUAUGGCCUCCUGUGUUAUGUGACAUUUCCCAGUGGUUGCCCUGACUGGUCACUACAAAAAGUGUAGACAGUUUAUAAAAACACUCCCAGUGAAAGUUCAAGAUAUAAAUGUUUCAUGUGCUAAUGUAGUCCGAUCAAUUCGUAACAGAAAAUGCCAAAAUACUUCAGAAAAUGGGAAAAGCACCAAAAUUGGCACAGCUAUUAUUAAAGCAUUAAAAACAUUUUUUUCAUGGGACCCAUUUGAUAUCUGUCAAGAUGGCCGAUAUGGCAGCCAUUUUCCAAAAUGGCCACCAAAACUCAAUAUUUACCUUAGAAGAUUCUAAUGAAAGGUCAUUAUAUUUACAUUCACCCCCAAAAUGCACUAAAUAUAAAUGUAUAUAAUAAAAUAAAUCCUAAAUUUGCAUCAAAUGCAAAAAUAACAAUUCAAAUGAUGUUAGUUUCUUUCUGUUUCCAUGGUAACGGCAAAAAUCUAACCUUUAAAACUUAGUUUAAUAUUAUCAUUGUGUAGUUUUCAUAUUUUAAAGAAUAUUUUGUUUUAAUAUAUGUAAUUUAUAUUAUUUCACUUGAAUUCCCUCCACAGCAGCAUAUUGAAACAUUGUUGUUAUUCCCUUACCAGUAUUUAGCCAGAUGGGGCUUAUGGGUUGCCCCUGUAUGCAUGUCAAUACGUCAGCCAUGCAGAGUGGGAUACUGCAAUAACUUUGAAACUACAGCAGAAUUUUUCAUGAUACAUGGUACAUGGAUAGAUGGCAAUGCAGAGAAGCCAAUGUCAUUUAAAUUUGUUCCUGUGGCAACAAAUAGUGCACGAAUAUGACACAAAGUGUCAUCCUGCAUUUCUUCAAAACAAGGAGAGAUUGUUUCUUGAGAAAUUUUACAUAGACAGAGGGACAAAUUGAGAACAUGCUUGUUAUCUUAUUUUCUCCUCUUGUACAUCAUUUUGUCCGUCUGUAUGUCGGUCCAUCAUUUGCAAAUGGCGGAUUCUUCAAUAACUCCAAAAUUGCAAAUUCUAAAGACUUCUUUAUGAAACCUUGUUUAUAGAUGGUAAGUAAUAUGGAGAAUAUGAAGGUCAAUUAACUUAGUUGCUAUAUAGAAUUGUAGUUUCUUUGACACCAAGUACAACAACUACCCCUUUCAGUUUGGGACUUUGAAAUGCAAGAAUAGAUUAUAGUGACGGGCUAGUAGGAUCAAAUGAAACAAUGUUCCUUAUUAUGCACCCGCAGUCACAAUGUCUGCAUAAUAAAUUGCUAACUGUGUAACAAAGAAGAGUAAGGCUGAAAAUAUAAAAGUUGCUUAUAUAUAAUAUUAUGUAUUUUUGAAAAUAUAUACAUAUAUGGUGGCCAUCUUGGAUUUUUCGGCCAUAUUGGAUUUUUUAGAGUGGGUCUCAUGCUCAUUUUUAGUAUUUUGCCCUAAAGUAGUUUUGUACCAAGUUUCAUGCUUUUCCCAUUUUCUGAAGUAUUUUUACACCAUUUUACUGUACUAAUGCUUCUUGGUGUCUUGAUUAUUAUUAUGGAUAUGUUCUUAUUUGUUUAUCUGUCUUUUUUUUAUUCUUUGGUUUGGUGAACUUAGUUAAUAAUAAAAAUAUUAAUUUAAUGUAUAGAAUAAUGUAUCUUCCAGUGUUUGUCAAUUUAUUAGUGUUUUCUUUUAUUUGUGAUUUUUGUUAACUGAUAUUUAUUUUAUUUUUAACUUUGCAAUUUUAAACCUGUAGCAUUUUGAAAAAAAAAUAACAGGCUUUGUAGAAUAAUACAAAUCCUAACUCUCUGCCUACUUGAUAAAUUUGCUUUAAAAUGUGUGUAGAAGAUUGUUUACAUAAUCUGAGAAGCUAAUCUUAUAUACAUGUAUUGUAAAACUAACAUUAUGCCAUUUUAGAAGUGCUCAUGGUGCACUUUUAGGAUUGUUGGAUGUGUGUUGACCAUCCAUUGUCCCCAGUUUCUUUUAAGAACAUAUGAUCCUAACCCACACAGGAGGGGGUAUGCUGUAUGCUGUUAGAAUUUUUCAGGUAGGAUGUGUCAUUUGUUAUUUUUAGUUUCGCUUUGUAAAGUUAGUGCAAAUUAUUAGAAAACCGCAGCACAGGUACAUUAAUUUUGUGAAAUGUAAAGCAAAAACCCACUUACUGUUAAAAAAUUCCUGUAGCACAAGUCAUGUACUUUUGGUGUAAAAUACUGCCAUUUUUGUUACCGCAAAACCUUUCUCUCACUAGUUCUAUACAGCCUACUACCAUAAGUCCUCCCCCCUGCACUAUGCCAUUUUCAAUCAGACUUCAAAAAAAAUGUUCUUUGGGUGGUCCACUUCAGAUUACUUCAAAUCUAGGUCAAUGUCCAGAAUUCUAGUUGCCAUGGCAACCAAUGGAAAACGCUUUUUUUUUCCAUAAGCAUUAUUGCGAUUUUAAAAUGAUUUCACAGCAAAGUUUCCUGUUUGACCUACCAAAUUCCUCCAAAUCAUUUUGAUCCAUAAAAGAACAUGGCUUCUUGGGGCUGAACUAGUUUUCCCUAUAUCGUUAUAUGGAAAGCUUUGAAACUCUCCUCUGAAACUGCUAGCUUGAUUUCAGAAUAAUUUUACCUUCGUUAAGUGAACUUCUACCAAAUUCAUUUCAUUUAAGAACAUGGCAUACAGGUGGCAGGGCUAGUUUUCCCUAUAUGACAAUUUUUUUUAAUUUUCUUUUUUCUGAAACUGAUAGCUCAAUUUCAAAAUAGUUUCAUGACAGUAUUCAUGAGUUGACCCUCUGUUACAGCCCUUCAAAUCGUUCCCUAUCAUUAAAAAAAACAUGGCUGCUGGAUGGCAGAGCUAAUUUUCCCUUUUUGACAGUAUGGCAAACUAAAAAUAGUUCCACAGCACUAUUCCUUGGGUGAUUGGAGAUCCUCUGCUAAAUUCUGUCAUGUCAGUGUUUCUUAAAAUGCACGGCCACUAGGGGGUGGAGCUAGUUUCCUCCAUAUUGCUAUUUGGAAAACUUUUAAAGUCUUCUCUGCUGAAACCACUGAACUGAUUUUAUUCCUUGUUCCAAAUUAUUUUAUUCAAAUGUGAAUAUCAGUUGAGUGAUCUUAGGCCAACGUAAGCAUUUUGUUUAGCUUACCUUGAGUGCUUUGUGAGCAAAAACGUCUUGAGCUGUUGGGAUCACUCACUCUCUGUCCUAUGUUGCCUGUCUACACUUUCCUUUAUAUGACACCUUGGAAGUUUAUGAAACUUGACCUGGAUGCUCCUUGGAUAGUCCUCUCAAAAAAAAAGUAUUAUGGCAACAGGAAAGAAAAACUUUCAAAAUCUUUGUACGAACAACUUGCUAUACACCCAAAUCAUUUAGCAGAAAUGUUCCGUGGGUGAUCCUCAUCCAAGAUGUUUCAGAUUAUUCAAAAACUGCCUGCCGGAUUUCAUGAUAAUUUUACAGAAAUACCCCUUGUUUGACCCUUUACCAAGAUUUAUUUGACUUACUGAAAAAAAAACAUGGUUACAAUGGGGCAUGGUCACUUUUCCUUGCAUGUAGUUGAAAUUUAAAAAAAACUGAUUUGCAGAUAAUUUCACGCAGAUGUCAUUGUGUGACCCACUACCAGGAUUGGUUAUUUUGAUUCAUCAAAAAACAUGGCUGCCAGAUGGCAUGGUCAUUUUUUCAUAAAGACUUUAAAAAUUUAUAGGAAAACUUGAAAAAUCUUCUUGUCUAAAACCUUAAUGAGCUUAGAUAUUUGGCUUGUAGCUUUGUAAAAUGGUCCUCUACGAAGUUUUUUUUUCAAAUCAUGCCCCUUUGGACAGAAUCGACCCUGCCCUUUGGUUAACUUGUUUUGCAUAGACUUGAAUAGGAAAUUUUUUUUUUAAAUCUAAUCUAAAACUGUUUGGUUCUGAGCUUAGAUAUUGGCUUGUAGCAUUGUGUAGUAGUCCUCUACCAAUUUUCUUCAAAUCAUGCUCCUAGGGUCAGAAUUGGCCCACCUAUGGUAGUAACUUGUUUUAUAUAGUCUUACACAGUAAAACUUUAAAAAUCUAACUGUCUAAAACCUCAAGGCCUAGAGGUUAGAUAUUUGGUAUGUAGCUUUGUUUUGAGAUCCCCAGUCAAGUUUGUUGAAAUCAUACAUCCGUUUAAGUCAGGUGAGCCGUAUCAAGCCAACAUGGCCCUUUUGUUUACAUUUUUUACAAGCUUGGCCAUGACACAACAGUUAUUUGUUUAAAUAACUGUACUUUUGUCAAUAUUGCCAAAACUUUAGAUUUUUUAAAAGUAUCAUUUAUUUUUUAUAUUAUACAGAGAAGAGCUGCUUUUUUAGUUGAUGUAUCUAAUGCCAUUUGCUGUUUUAAGGUGGAAAUAUUGCUAUAAUGAAUGUAAAUAUAAUAUGACUGUUUCAUUUCCUUUGUUUGGAGAUAUUUGACCGUACUAUUUCUAUAGAUAUAUGUAUAUAUUUUGUAAUUUCAUAAGCCUAUUUUUUUGCAGUUUUAAUCAAUGGUUGUGAAGAAAACUCAUAAGGUGCAAUAGAAUAGAUAGAUUUCAUUUUGUCAUUAUUUUAGCUGCACAUUUUCCGAAACAUUUUCCUUAUACACUUAGGAUUACUAUACACUUAUCAAACGGCAAUGGCGGGCCUGAAGUCGCUAUUUGCACAAGUAAACCCAUAUUGCACAAAGGCAUAGCCCAAGUGCCAGUAUAGAUUUAGGAGUGCUGAUAAGCCACAUAAUGAAUGUCAUUGCCGUUUAAUGAGGUAUUUAUUUUAUACCUAAACACAAUAAUGAUUACUAGACUGCUUCAAUCAGUUAAUCAUAAAAAAUAUCAACAUAAACAAAAUUUUAUUGUAAUGACGCAGGAAAAAAUGAUAUCACACAUCCAUGGCAGGUCUAUAACCAGUUAUAAUUGUAAUUUCUGCUUCUGGUUAUAUUGGUCUGGGUUACAGGGUUUUGUCCUAACUAGUUUUGUUACAAUUUGUAGUAAGAUAUGUAAUAAUUUUUAUAUACAUACAGCUGUCUUUUAUAUUAUGAAAUGAAAUGUUUACCUUUAGAGUUUAGUUUUUUGCUCCCAUAAUUAAAGUAGAGUACUCAUUUCUGGCAGACUGCAGGAAACCAAUGUCUGGAGCAAUGUUAGGCUAACUACUCGGAAGCCGUGUCUAAAGGCCCAUAGGGUACCAGUGUCUGUCAUACAAUAUGCUUCCUAUAUCUGUCAGACAUUCGUCACACCACAAGUGAAAUUUAUCGAACAUAUGCAUUUAAUAUAAACUUACAUCUAGUGACCUGAAAUAUGGUUUUCUAGUGGUUUAGAUUGGAUAUUUUGCUUAUCCAGUGUACUGAUAUUUUCAGAAAAAUUUAAAGUCAUUUUGAGAUAUAAAGACGUUAGUGAUAUUUUUUGCACUAUUUUUGUGCUAUUUCAUUUUUGCAAGAAUUAAUCUGAAAUAAAUUGGUUAUUUCAGGUCUUGUGUGGCAGCUUGAAUCUACCGACUAUUAAAUUUUGUUUUCUGUAUAAAAAUGAAUUUAUGUUUGCUUGUAAAAAUUGAGACAGAUGGAAUUGGCUAAUAGAAACAAAUGUUGAAAACUGUAUAUGAAUGUUCAUCACCUGCUUCCUGCUUUGUUUUGACAAAACCAUUUUCUUAUAGUUUAUACUUUAUUAAAUUUUUUUUAGCUCACCUGUCACAAAGUGAAAAGGUGAGCUUUUGUGAUCGCGCAGUGUCCGUCCGUCCGUCCGUCCGUAAACUUUUGCUUGUGACCACUCUAGAGGUCACAUUUUUCAUGGGAUCUUUAUGAAAGUUGGUCAGAAUGUUCAUCUUGAUGAUAUCUAGGUCAGGUUCGAAACUGGGUCACAUGCCAUCAAAAACUAGGUCAGUAGGUCUAAAAAUAGAAAAACCUUGUGACCUCUCUAGAGGCCAUAUAUUUCAUGAGAUCUUCAUGAAAAUUGGUCAGAACGUUCACCUUGAUGAUAUCUAGGUCAAGUUUGAAACUGGGUCACGUGCCAUCUAAAACUAGGUCAGUAGGUCAAAUAAUAGAAAAACCUUGUGACCUCUCUAAAGGCCAUAUUUUUCAUGGGAUCUGUAUGAAAGUUGGUUUGAGUGUUCAUCUUGAUGAUAUCUAGGUCAAGUUCAAAACUGGGUCAACUGCGGUCAAAAACUAGGUCAGUAGGUCUAAAAAUAGAAAAACCUUGUGACCUCUCUAGAGGCCAUAUAUUUCAUGAGAUCUUCAUGAAAAUUGGUCAGAAUGUUAACCUUGAUGAUAUCUAGGUCAAAUUCGAAAGUGGGUCACGUGCCAUCAAAAACUAGGUCAGUAGGUCAAAUAAUGGAAAAACCUUGUGACCUCUCUAGAGGCCAUAAUUUUCAUGGGAUCUGUAUGAAAGUUGGUCUGAAUGUUCAUCUUGAUGAUCUCUAGGUCAAAUUUGAAAGUGGGUCACGUGCCGCCAAAAACUAGGUCAGUAGGUCAAAUAAUAGAAAAACCUUGUGACCUCUCUAAAGGCCAUAUUUUUCAUGGGAUCUGUAUGAAAAUUGGUCUGAAUGUUCAUCUUGAUGAUAUCUAGGUCAAGUUCGAAACAGGGUCAUGUGCGGUAAAAAACUAGGACAGUAGGUCUAAAAAUAGAAAGACCUUGUGACCUUUCUAGAGGCCAUACUUGUGAAUGGAUCUCCAUAAAAAUUGGUCAGAAUGUUCACCUUGAUGAUAUCUAGGUCAGGUUUGAAACUGGGUCACGUGCCUUACAAAACUAGGUCAGUAGGUCAAAUAAUAAAAAAAACUUGUGACCUCUCUAGAGGCCAUACUUUUCAUGGGAUCUGUAUGAAAGUUGGUCUGAAUGUUCAUCUUGAUGAUAUCUAGGUCAAGUUUGAAACUGGGUCAAAAACUAGGUCAGUAGGUCUAAAAUUAUUAAAAUCUUUUGACCUCUCUAGAGGCCAUAUUUUUCAAUGGAUCUUCAUGAAAAUUGAUCUGAAUUUUCACCUUGAUGAUAUCUAGGUAAAGUUCAAAACAGGGUCAAGUACCUUCGAAAACUAGGUCAAUAGGUCAAAUAAUAGAAAAACCUUGUGACCUCUCUAGAGACCAUAUUUUUCAAUGGAUCUUCAUGAAAAUUGGUCAGAAUUUUUAUCUUGAUAAUAUCUAGGUCAAGUUAAAAACUGGGUCACAUGAGCUCAAAAACUAGGUCACUAUGUCAAAUAAUAGAAAAAACGACGACAUACUCAAAACUGGGUCAUGUGGGAAGAGGUGAGCGAUUCAGGACCAUCAUGGUCCUCUUGUUUUUAGUUUGAUACUCCACUGGUGCUAUUUAUUCAUAUAGAUAUGUAAAUUAAACCAGGAAUAAUAGUACCUAAAUGUUUUGCAUGGCACCAGUUUAGUGUUAGUGCUGGUACCAAGCUCAGUAAUUUGUUAAUUCGAAAUAGUUGAGGAAAGUGUGAUACCAGCUGGUACCAUGCCAUCCUUGAAAUGCUAAUGUAGCCUGGAACUGUUUUGAGAGAACAGGAAAUAUGAACGCAAGUGCUUGAUUUCUUUUUAAAUUUUCAACUAUAUUUUUGUUACGUUAUGUCAUGAUUUAAUCUGCUUAUAUAAAACAUUGUCUCUGUGUCUGUUUGUUUAAGACAGUCUUUAAGGCUUUGACUGCAUUCAAUUGUUAAACGCCCGUCUGAAAGACGGAAAGUAUUAUGAGAAUGCACUUGACAGGUGGGUGGCGUCCACAAACUUAGUCCGGAGCAUUUUUAAUUCAUGAAUGGAGGGAUUUUGAUGUAACUUGGCACAAAUGUUCACUAUCAUGAGACAGAGUAUCAAGCGCAAGAACCAGGUCACUAGGUCUAAGGUCAAGGUCACACUUAGAGGUCAAAGGUCAAAUUCAAGAAUGGCUUUGUCUGGAGCAUUUCCUUUUCAUGCAUGGAGGGAUUUUGAUGUAACUUGGCACAAAUGUUCACCACCAUGAGACAGUGUCAUGCACAAGAACCAGGGCCCUAGAUCUAAGGGCAAGGUCACAGAGGCCAAAGGUCAGAUACAAGAAUGGCUUUGUCCGGAGCAUUUCUUCUUCAUGCAUGGAGGGAUUUUGAUGUAACAUCACACAAAUGUUCAUCACAAUGAGACAGAAUGUCAUGCGCAAGAUCAAGGUCCCUAGGUCUAAGUUUAAGGUCACACUGAGGUCAAAGGUCAAAUUCAAGAAUGACUGUCCGGAGCAUUUCUUCUUAAUGCAUUGAGGCAUUUUGAUGUAACUUGGCACAUCUGUUCACCAUCAUGAGACAGAGUGUCAUGUGCAAGAACCAGGUCCCUAGGUCUAAGGUCAUGGUGACACUUAGAGGUGAAAGUUCAGAUACAAGAAUGAUAACUUUGUCCGGAGCAUAUCUUCUUCAUACAUGGAGGGAUUUUGAUGUAACUUGGCACAAUAAUUGUUCACCAGCACUUGACAGGCGUAUUUUGUGACUAUAGCACCCUUGUUUUUCAAUGAAGAAAACAAAAGUAGAGAAUGAUAAAAAAACAUGUUAAUGAAAAGUAGGUCUGCAUGUUCAGAUUAAUAUUAUAAUCAAUAUUUUACAUUGUAGAAUUUUAUUAAACCCUGACUUUUCAAAACUUCAGAAUAUACUGAGAAAUUAUGGCAAAUAAAAAGAUAGGACUCUGCACUUUAUUUUUUACCAAAUUGAUUUGAAAAAUUGGACAUCAUGUCGGAAUCUAUGGAAAAAACACAGUUUUGAGGACAUUUUCACAAAUAGAAAUGUUUCUGCAAUGUAGAUGUAAAGAAACUUUUUACUGUUGUGUAUAAGUAUAGCGUCUUCUAUAUGGUCAGAUAAGAUGGAUAGGUCCUUAUGCUUAAUUUGGAGAUAUUUGCCUAUGAUAUCCACACUAACCAAGCAGGUUUAGGUUUGACCACAUUGUUUGGAAUUAUUUCACAUGUCAACAUUUUUGUUAUGUUUUUCUUUCCCUUAGAAAGGAAGUAAUAAGGAAGUAAUGCUAUUGUUUUUGAAAAAUUAAUUUACACACAGAAUAUCAUUUAUAUAUAGGAUAAUUUUUCUUCCUGUACCCUUUGUCCAGGCUUUAUUUUGUUGUGCAGGUUGUAAUAGGAUGUAAUAAUCUUGAAUUUUUACAAAAUACAUCAAUUGGUUUGAAUUGAUCAUCAAAAGUGCAUCAGCAGUUUAAGACACCCAUAUUGGUUUUAAAUGCAAUUUUGAUUCUAUUUUGAUGCUAGGUUCUUAAAAAACUUACACAAUAUCUGAGCAGUUUGGAAUUAAUACUUUUCAAACUUAUUAAUGGACAACUCUGAAUUUCUUCAGAAAAUACUUCUUUGGUCAUAAAUUGAUAUGUCUUUAACCCUUACCCUGCUAAAUUUCUAUAAUGGACUAGUCCAUCUUCCAAUAUGGACGGUACCAUUAACUGUUAAAAGGGGCACUUACCAAAAGGAUACUGGCUGAAUAGCAAACAGUGCAGAUCAUGAUCAGACUGCAUGGAUAUGCAGGCUGAUCAUGAUCUACACUGGUCGCAAAGGCAGAAUCAAUCGUGUCCAGCAUGAUAAGGGUUAACAUUCAAAAGGUUUUUCCAAACACCCCUUGAGACAUUUAGAAUAAUGUAUAACAUAUUUCCAUUUUUGAAAAAUGAAGACUGUGAAAUAAUUCAAAGAGUUACUGAAUAAAACUACAUGAAAUUGAUAAAACAAUUUCUUCCACAUGUAAGAUCCUUACAUUGGGAGCUGUCUCAAUUUUGUUAGUUCAAAGGAACCAAAGCUUCAGGGUGAUACGUUAGUAUAGGGGGAUGAUCCUGUAUUACAUCUAUUGUCAACAUUUUGACUUCCAACAUCUUCUAUAGCUGCUUGCCAUUAUUACACCAAACUUGGUUCAUAGCAUACUGACAAGGUUCCCUGUUAAGUUGGUUCAUAAUUGCCUCUUCAGGGGUGGGACUGCCAGAAUUGAAAAUAGAAAAACUUUUAAACAACUCCUUGACAUAAUCACUGGAUGAAUCUUUACCAAACUUGGUAUGUCGCAUUCAUGUAUGGUGCUCCUUCAAAUUUAUUUAAAUGCUUCCUCUUGGGCCCUUUUUGAGAGCCACCGACGCUGAAAAUAGAAAAACACAUUUAAAAUACUUCUUUCAAACCACUUGAUAGAUCAUUACCAAAGUUUGAAAGUCUGUUUUUAUUUUACACUGAUUGUGGACUAACCAGUAUGUUGUUUAUCCAGUGUUUAUUCAUAAUGUGAUUUUACUUUUUAGCUCACCUGAGCAAUGCUCAGGUGAGUUUUUGUGAUCGCUCAAUGUCCGGCGUCUGUCUGUCGUCUGUCUGUCGUCUGUCAACAUUUAGCUUGUGUAUGCGAUAGAGGCUGUAUUUUUCAACUGAUCUUCAUGAAAAUUGGUCAGAAUGAUUACCUUGAUGAAAUCUAGGCCGAGUUCAAAAAUGGGUCAUAUGGGGUCAAAAACUAGGUCACUAGGUCAAAUCAAAGAAAAACCUUGUGUAUGCAAUAGAGACUGCUUUUUUCAAUUAAUCUUCAUGAAAUUUGGUCAGAGUGAAUACCUUGAUGAAAUCUAGGCCGAGUUCGAAAAUGGGUCAUUUGGGGUCAAAAACUAGGUCAUUAGGUCAAAUCAAAGAAAAAACUUGUGUAUGCGAUAGAGGCUGUAUUUUUAAUUAAUCUUCAUGAAAUUUUGUCAGAAUGAUUACCUUGAUGAAAUCUAGGCCAAGUUCAGAUAUGGGUCAUCUGGGGUCAAAAACUAGGUCACUAGGUCAAAUCAAAGAAAAACCUUGUGUAUGCGAUAGAGGCUGUAUUUUUCAAUUAAUCUUCAUGAAUUUUGGUCAGAAUGAUUACCUUGAUGAAAUCUAGCCCAAAUUCAAAUAUGGGUCAUCUGGGAUCAAAAAGUAGGUCACUAGUUCAAAUCAAAGAAAAAUCUUGUGUAUGCGAUAGAGGCUGUAUUUUUCAAUUGAUUCUCAUGAAAAUUGGCCAGAAUGAUUACCUUGAUGAAAUCUAGGCCUAGUUUGAAAAUGGGUCAUCUUGGGUCAAAAGCUAGGUCACUAGGUCAAAUCAAAGAAAAACCUUGUGUAUGCGAUAGAGGCUGUACUUUUCAAUUAAUCUUCAUGAAUUUUGGUCAGAAUGAUUGCCUAGAUGAAAUUUAGGUCAAGUUUGAAUAUGGGUCAUCUGGGGUCAAAAACUAGGUCACUAGGUCAAAUCAAAGGAAAAGCUUGAAUAUGCGAUAGAGGCUGUAUUUUUCAAUUGAUCUUCCUGAAAUUAAGUCAAAAUAAUAACCUUCAUGAAGUCUAGGCUGAAUUUGAAAAUGGGUCAUCUUGGGUCAAAAAGUAGGUCACUAGGUCAAAUCAAAGAAAAACCUUGUGUAUGCGAUAGAGGCUGUAUUUUUCAAUUGAUCUUCAUGAAAUUUGGUCAGAAUGAUAGCCUUGAUUAAAUCUAGGUCAAGUUCGAUUAUGGGUCAUCUGGGGUCAAAAACUAGGUCACUAGGUCAAAUCAAAGAAAAUACUUACUAAUGUUUCACUAGAUCAAACAUGUUUACUCUGUUUAAAAUGUUGUGUUAUGGUGUGUUUCUCAGGUGAGCGACCUAGGGCCAUCUUGGCCCUCUUGUUUUGCUGCAUUGUUUUCUUACUGAAUUUUAAUGAUACCAGUGAUGAAGUCAUAUCUUAAGGGGGUCAAAGUUACGGAAUUUGCAAGGUUUGAUUUCUUGUCUUGGUCAUACCUUUGCCCAUUUCAGCAUUUAUGUUUUUAAUACUAAACACAGUAGUUACCAUUCAUGAUACAGCAUUUCAUACAUAUACUAAAGGCCAAUAAUCUUGGCCAGGUGAGCAACUUAGGCCAGCAUGGCCAUCUUGUUAAUAUCUUCCGUUUUUUUAUUGCAGUGUAUGAAUUGUUUGUGUAUUGACUAUCAGUUAUUUUACUACUUGCAUAAUGCUAUACAAAUGUUUCCACAUACAAUAUUAAAUAAUCACUUUUGUAA